AUGUCUUCUGACCACGCAUUGGAGACCACAGAUGUCCUCCUCUGUGGGUGUGGGCCGACAGGAGCUAUGCUCUCUGGCUAUCUUGAUAGUAUGGCGGUUCAGAAUAUCGUCCUGGAGAGAGAGGCCGAGAUCACGACGGACCCAAGGGGGAUCGUUCUUGACGACGAUGGCAUCCGUUAUUUGCAGGGUUUAGGUCUGUAUGAGCAUGUCUAUACGGACAUCGGUUCUUGUAUCGAGAAGGUAUUAUUUUUGCCAGGAGAGCAGCAAAGCCUGGGCACAAAACCCAUCUUCGGCUUUAAUACUGGUUCCGCUAUGAUUCAGUCCGAAGGAUAUACGGGACAUGUCGGUGUCAUAAGUCACAAACAACCAGCGCUUGAAAAACAUCUUCAGUCCGUCAUCAAGGGGUCUCAGCACUCGCAGUUAAGAAGUGGAUGCACCCUGAAGUCAAUCGAAGAAGAUGAGGACUGGGUAUAUGCGAGCUAUACGGACCCUGAAGGAAAUACUCGACGCAUCCGCGCUCGUUUCCUGGUUGGUGCGGACGGCAAGACGGGCUACGUGCGCAAGCAAUACUUGGAGCCACGGGGAAUCAAGAUGGAGUGGGCCGAACAAUGUCGCUAUGAAGAGACUUGGGUAGCUUUGAACUGGGAAAUCAGCCUGCCAACAGCAGAAACCCACCCAGACUUCCCGCUAUGGAAACUGGGGUAUUCUUCUGAGGAAGUGUAUGACCAGUUCUUCCCGAAGGAUUUUCGGUUCCUUUGCAAUCCUCGCAGACCAGCAGUCUGCGGCCGAUUUGGCCAGAACAAGGACCGCCUUUGGAGGUUUGAAUUCGUGGUUCAAGCCGGUGAAGAUCCGCAAGAAAUGUCUGAGCCACACAUGUUUCGGGACAUUGUCUUCCCCUACAUUCGUCAUGCAGGGGCCCGCUAUGGGUUAGACACAGACGUCGAGUUUCCGACCGAUUGCAUCAAGGUCCUUCGCUCUCGUCCGUUUCGCUUCGCCGCAAGAAAGUGCAACAAAUGGGCCCUAGGGCGAGUCAUCUUGUGCGGCGAUGCCGCUCACGUCUUUCCUCCAUUCGGCGGUCAGGGAAUUGCUUCCGGCUUUCGAGAUGCUAUCGCUCUUGCCUGGCGACUUGCCAUUCUCACUCGGUCCCACUCGACUCGACUAGACUACGAGCAGAUCCUCAAGGGGUGUGCAGAACUUCAUCCGGGAUUGGGCGCUCCGGGCCAUGCAACUGAUCCCCCCAUCGCUCAUCAACUAGAACUCGGACCUCGGAGCGAGGGCCCAGUCAGGUACACCCACUCGGAUGGUAUGCUGUUUCUGCCCUACCUCCACGGCGGAAUCGCCUUUCCACAAACAUACUGCACUGAACUAGGGGAGCUCGAUAAUCGGGUUCGCUUUACCGAUGAUGUGAUCUUCUCCAAAGAGAAGACAAAGCUCUUCCAGAUUGUUGUUUUGCUUGAUAAACCAAGCCAGGCGAUAGCGGCAAUUCAGGCUAUGAAAGGUAUUGACGGCCUGAGCGAAGGUCACUUGUUAACUGAAGAAGCCACCCUGCUUGUUCAGAGUAAAAACUGUCUCCCCAAUGAUGAGAGCACCGGAUUCGCCAGUCUCUCGCUGUUCCGAACUGCCACUGCAAAGGAGUUUGAGCAGUCCGACUUGUGCGUUGGACGGCCGGAACCGCACGGUUACAACGACUCUCAAAUCUGGAAUGUUAUGAAGGGAAAGCGAUUUAUGAUUGUUAGGCAUGAUCGUUUUGUCUAUGCCGCUUGCGAUACGAGGGCUGAAUUGGUUGAAGCCGCAAAAAGUCUUGGAAAUUCUCUGCCUUUGAAUUGA